GUUCACAAUCACAAACGCCUCGAUAAACAUCUUAUUAGCGCAUUUAAAAUAAGCUGUUGUUUGCGGAGAUCCAGUUGAAUGAUUUAGUUAGCUUUGUGGUACACUCGCCAAGCUGAUGCAAACAUUUAAAUUAUCGCAAGGCUGAUUUACAACUGUUCUCAAAGAGAGUACGGUCGGGACACAGUUUAACCAAGAAGGAUGGCUUCUCGGGGGAAAUCAGAAACUGGAAAACUGAGGCAAAAUAUGGAAGAGCAGCUUGAUAGAUUGAUGCAGCAGCUUCAGGAUCUGGAAGAAUGCAGAGAAGAACUGGAUGAGGAAGAGUAUGAGGAGACAAAGAAGGAAACCUUGGAACAGCUGAGUGAAUUCAAUGACUCUCUGAAGAAGAUCAUGACAGGAGACAUGACACUUGUGGAUGAACUCAGUGGGAUGCAGUUGGCAAUCCAGGCUGCUAUCAGUCAAGCAUUCAAAACUCCAGAGGUGAUCCGACUUUUUGCAAAGAAGCAGCCAGGGCAGCUGAGAACCAGACUAGCAGAGAUGGACCGAGAUGUCAUGGUGGGGAAACUGUCGCGGGACGUGUACACACAGCAGAAGAUGGAAAUCCUCACAGCCUUGAGAAAACUGGGAGAGAAGCUUACUGCAGAGGAUGAGACUUUUCUCAUUGAAAAUGCCACAGCUACCCUGAGCCAGUUUGAAAAAGUGACUGCAAACCUAGGGUCUGAAGACAAAAUUAUGGCUUUAGCUAGCUCUGGCGUGAAAACCAAAGCAUAGUAACUCUACAAAAUAUUAAUUUUAACUCCGUCUUUGGUAUUACCAAGAAACAAAUGUGCCAAUUGAUUGUUGAUUUUGUAAAUAAUCAGUGCACUUCUAGGUGUUGCUGUGGAUGCUAACACUUUUUAAUAGUAUUAUUUUAUACCCCACAACUUUUGUAAAUGUCUUUUAUUUGUCCAAAUAAGUGUAAAAUUGUAUUAUAGGUACGAGUAUAUGAUUUGUUUAAUAUGAAGACAUGUACAUGAAUGUAGAGGAUCGUCCAGGCAGUUCAUGAGAACUACUUUGUUGUGAUUUGUGCUGUGUUUCUUGUUGGGUUUCUGUGUCUGUCUUAAAACCUGAAAAUU